AUGAACCGCAUAUUUGGCUACGGUGGUCGCAAGGCUCACGACCAGCUUUUACAGGAUUCCAACAAGGCCAUGAACGAAGCACAACAAUCGAUGCAAGAACGAAUUUCGGGUCUGGACACUCAAAUAGCACAGUUGAACGCUCAGCUACAAACUAUUCAACGCAAAAUAUCGACGAUCAGCUCCACCAGUGGCCAGAGGCCAUUGCGUCAGCGUGCUCUGAAGCUUCUCAACAAGCGGAAGCAACUAGAGUCAAUGAGGGAUUCACUUGAUGCCCAAUCGUGGUCGAUGAACCAGGCUCAAAUGACUAGUGACAACCUCAGAAACACGAUGGUGACAGUUAACGCAUUGAAACAAACUAACAAAGCUCUCAAGGCACAAUACGGCAAGAUUAACGUCGAUAAAUUGCAAGACAUGCAAGACGAAAUGCUCGAUCUGGUAGAGCAAGGAGAAGAGCUGCAACAAGUGCUUGCAAUGGGCAGUGGAGCCCAAGACAUCGAUGAUAUCAGCGAAACGGAGCUCGACGCCGAGCUGGAGGCUCUGGGCGAAGAUCCCAUGUUUCAAGGUGACAUGGCGGGUCUGGAAGGUGAGAUUGGAGGCGAGGUGCCGUCUUAUCUUUCCGGCACGAUUCCCCAUUUUGUCGACGAGGAGCCGGCCAAGGAACAGACCGGGAACUUGGAGACUGCUACGUAG